AUGUCUGAAGCUGCUGUAUCUUUACCUGAUAUUACUCGAUCAAUAUCGCCAGAUAUUUCAUUUAUAAAUUCAAAUAAAGGAAAGCCUUUACUCGUAGCAAAUAACUACGUUUUCAAAUUGAAUAAAACAACAGCUACAACUAAAUAUUGGAUAUGUACACUUAAUGGAUGUUUAGCUAAGUUACAUACAAAUUUGAAUGGUCAAUUAACUAAAACAAUUUGUGAUCAUAAUCAUCUUCCAGAAAAAGAAAAACUUGAAGCUCGUGAAUUUCGUGAAAAAGUCAGACAAUGA